AUGGAGGCAAAGCUAUCAGAAGCUGCCUUUCGUGUCAUUUUAGCCCCCAAAUCUCUAAAUUACCCAAAAUCCGACUCGAAUUUCGCCUAUCAAACCACUCCGAAACUCCUUCAAUCAAUUUCAGGCAAAACAAAAGCUUAUUGCACACUUCGAGUUUCUUCCACUUCUCCCUCCAGACAUACAAAGAAAAGGAUGGAUGAGAGUGAGAGCUUGACUCUAGAAAGUAUAAGGCACUGUUUGAUCAGGCAAGAGGACAGCAUAAUCUUUAGCCUCUUGGAAAGAGCUCAAUAUAGUUACAAUGAGAACACAUAUAACCACAAUGAAUUUUCCAUGGAUGGGUUCGGUGGUUCUUUGGUUGAGUUCUUGGUGAAGGAAACAGAAAAGCUUCAUGCCCAGGUUGGCAGAUACAAGAGCCCAGACGAGCAUCCUUUCUUCCCAGCAGACUUACCCGAACCUCUGCUUCCAUCUUUACAGUACCCGCAGGUUCUCCAUCCAUGUGCUCAUUCAAUCAAUAUAAACACCAAGGUUUGGAAUAUGUACUUUAGGGAUAUUCUUCCAAGAGUGGUAAAAGCAGGAGAUGAUGGUAAUUGUGGAUCUGCUGCUGUUUGUGACACAAUUUGCUUGCAGGCUCUCUCAAAGAGGAUUCAUUAUGGUAAAUUUAUAGCGGAGGCAAAAUUUCGAGAAUCGCCUGCUAGCUAUGAGGAUGCCAUUAGAGUGCAGGACAGGGCUCAACUCAUGGAACUCCUAACCCAUUACAAUGUAGAAGAAGCAAUUAAGGAGAGAGUCAAUAUGAAAGCCAAAACAUAUGGCCAGGAGGUGGGAUUCAACCAAGAGAUAGAUGCCAUUGAUCCAGUAUACAAGAUCAAGCCAAGUUUAGUAGCCAAUCUAUAUGGAGAUUGGAUCAUGCCUUUGACAAAGGAGGUCCAGGUGGAAUACUUGUUGAGAAGAUUGGAUUAGACAAGAGAGUCAAUAUUUAUCAUCUGUCCAGCCACUUGGGUUCAAUAACUUCUUAUCUCUCAGCUGUGAGAAUUAGAACUGUGAUUUAAAAAUAUAACUGCAAUUUCAAGUUGUUCUGUAUGGAUUGUAUAUUAUGCUCUACUGUGAUCUUAUUUUCAAGGCUUCGAGUAAUGAAAACAACCUAUGUACAUGUUGGGAUAAGGUUGUAUACAACUGGCCCUCUCUAAACCUCGCCGCAGUGGGAGCAUUGUGUCUGUGUGAUGCGGUGAGGACAAUAUUUCAGACUGCCAAACAGACAAUAACUCUCCACUCUCCCAAUUUGGAUUGAGAUGAGAAUUUUGGCCCCUCUAAAUAUGCUUUCUUCAAU